CUUUUCCCAGGUAUAAAGAUGGCUUUGCCCCAGGCAAAGUCUGCAGCACUCUUAUUUCUCCUGCUGCUUCUGUGGAUUCCAGGCCCGGGGAUUUCCCAGAAAGAGCCCUGUCAGACCUGCCGGGAUCUUACCAGCAACUUCAAUAAGGGUCUGGAGCGGACACAGCGAGAGAACUUCGGGGGCGGGAACACAGCCUGGGAAGAAGAGAAGCUUGCAAAAUAUGCAAACAGUGAGACCCGCCUGCUGGAGGUGCUGGAGGGUGUGUGCACCACAUCGGACUUUGCCUGUCACCAGCUGCUGGAGAAGAGUGAGGAGCAUAUCGAGCGCUGGUGGUUCCAUGAGCAGCAGAAGCAUCCUGACUUUUUCCAGUGGCUCUGCAUGGACACUCUGAAUCUCUGCUGCUCCCCUGGCACCUAUGGGCCCGAUUGCCACUCCUGCCCCGGGGGUACCCAGAAGCCCUGCAGUGGGUAUGGGCAAUGUGAUGGUGAUGGCACGCGCGGGGGCACUGGCCUGUGCAUGUGUCAGACAGGCUAUGGGGGCCCCUUCUGUUCUGAGUGUGGAGACGGCUACUAUGAAGCAGCUCGCAACGACAGCCACCUGGUAUGUGCGGAGUGCUACCGGGCCUGUGGACGCUGCUCUGGCCCUGAAGACUCAAGUUGCCUCCGCUGUAAGAGGGGUUGGAUGCUGCAUGACCGCAGGUGCAUUGACAUAGAUGAAUGCGGCACAGACAUGGCGCACUGCCGCGCCAACCAGUUUUGCGUCAACACAGAAGGUUCCUACGAAUGCCGAGACUGUGCCAAGGCAUGCAUCGGUUGCAUGGGUGCUGGGCCUUCCCGCUGCAAGAAGUGCAACAAGGGCUAUCAGCGUGAUGGAGUCAAGUGCCUAGAUGUGGACGAGUGUACUGGUGAAACCGAGGAACCCGUCUGCACUGGUGCCAACGAGGUGUGUGAGAAUACAGAGGGCAGCUACCGGUGUGUUUGUGCAGAGGGACAUGUGCGCAAAGAAGGAAUCUGUGUGGAGGACAAGCCCCCAGAUGCUCCUGAGAAGGGCUUCUUCGACGACAUCACGGAUGACGAGGUGGUCGUGCUGCAGCAGAUGUUCUUUGGCACCAUAGUCUGUGCCCUUGCCACACUAGCCGCCAAAGGAGACAUGGUCUUCACCGCCAUCUUUAUUGGUGCCGUGGCUGCCAUGGCCGGCUACUGGCUGUCGGAGCGGAGCGAUCGUGUGCUCGAUGGCUUCAUCAAAGGCAGAUAGUGUGUGGCAAAAAAUCCAAAUGUUCUUCUUUUGCUUCCUUCCUCAGAGAGCCAGCCGGUGGGCAGGAACUCUGGGCCUGCCUAUACCCCGGCAGGUCCAGAGGAAAGAGAUGGAAAGGCCCAUCUUGUAUCCCAGUCUGGGCUGAGGGGAAGCCUCAGGCCUGCAUGGUUUGUGCAUUGGGAGGAAUGGCCUCCCAGUUGUACGUGAAGAGAGGAGAAUUCCUGACAGGAAUUAGCAUGGAAUGAGCCUCCCCUAAAGCUGAGAGGCCUUGCCCCUUAGUGGGCCGAGAGAACGCUCUCUUCAUGUGUCCCAUCUUCAUAUGAGAGGGAUGAUUGCAAACACAUUCUUACUUGUGAGCUUUGAAUCUUCACAUGUUGGUCAACUCCUUUGGCUGAGGGUGGAUCGCACCAAAGGAGAACUUGAGCUGGGUGGACAUGGAAAUUGCUCCCUGCUGGCUCUUUGAGGGGCUGUCCCUUGGGCUCAGAGCUGAUCUACGCAUCUUGUGGAACAUGAGGGUCAGGGACAGCGGGGAAAUUUUAGAUCGUACUAUUCAAAGCUGCCAGUGGGGGUGUUGUAUUUUUGAAUUAUUCUCCCCCCCCUCUUAAGACAUGGUGAACUAGCAGGAAGUACUACAUACAGUGAAGGUUUUUUCAAGACGGGAACGUUCAGAAAUACAUACACCCCCUUGUGGUCUGACUGGGAACUGCCUCCUCCUGCUGCCUUGCUGUGUAGAACAGCUCUGAUCUUGCCACUGGCAGCGUGUGAGACAGAGAAAGCCUCGGGGGCAUGCAUGACCACCCCUCGCCCCUUUGCAUCCGUCCGCUCACAGCACUGUUUUGUCCAUCCAUAUCUCAGGAAAAUUAAAGGUCUCUGUACACAAA